UGUGGUUGCACCGGUUUAUCCUAACGGAGCGUUUAAUGUGCGAAUCCUAGUGUGAGGCUCAGGGAGGGACAUGUAAUUGGCUUAAAGUGAGUUUUAGCAAUUAUUGAUCAAGUUAACAUUGACGCGCUCGACUGAUGACAAAAAUGUGCGCCUAGCCUUAGCGACGUCAUCAAGCUGCGCGCAGUAGAGCAGCAUCGCGUGCGUCCUUCUGCGGGCAUGGCUCUGUUUCAGGUGAACAGGUAUUUUGGGGAGGAGGAAGAGGGGAGUGUCUCAAAGGAGACUUCGGCUCAGGUGUUGCUGGCUGACCUGCGGCAGAAGGCUAAAGAGAAGCAGAAACGGCGCUCAGUCGAGCAGAGAGAGCACCGUCAUGAAGAAGCGGCGGAGCAGGUGCAUCCCAAAAAGAAGAGAAAAGCUGACGGAGAGCCUCAGCACCCCAAAAAGAGGCACUCAGAAACAGUGGCUGUGUGUGCUGCUGAAGAGAACAGGGAGAAGAAAGGUGCGAAUGUGAUACAGGAGGAGGAGAUUCAGUCAGGUAGUUCACCUAUUCCAGCGAUUCCAGCCGCUCCUCUCACUGGGUUCACACUCAUGGGAGGAUUUGAGAGCAAACCUGUCAAUAAGGUGGACAGAGUUCUGCCUCAGUGGCUUGCUGAGCCUGAUGUGAUUCACAGAGACAUUAAAAACAACCUGAUCUCCAUCGCUGAUGUCCCAGGACUCUCUGCUCAGCUCCUGAAAAACCUACACAAUAAUGGAACUCACCACUUCUUUCCAGUGCAAGCAGAGGUCAUCCCAGUCAUCUUGGAAAGUGCACAGCAGGGACUGCUGAUUGGGCGGGCUGGCUAUAAGCCCAGAGACAUCUGUGUGUCUGCACCAACAGGCAGCGGAAAGACUCUUUCAUUCGUCGUACCCAUCAUACAGGUGCUGAUGGAGAGGGUGGUGUGUCAGGUCCGGGCUUUGGCUGUGUUGCCGACUAAAGAGCUUGCCCAGCAGGUUCAUAAAGUCUUCACAUCAUAUUCUGAGGGAACCAAUCUGAAAGUGGUAAUGCUGGCUGGCCAGAAGUCCUUUGCAGCAGAACAGGCUUCACUCUCAGAACACAGAGGGGGCGUGAGGCGUAGUCUGGCAGACAUUGUUGUGGCCACUCCAGGGCGGCUGAUCGACCACAUCACCAAGGACUCGGGCUUAUGUCUGCAACAUCUCCGCUUUCUCAUCAUCGAUGAGGCUGACAGGAUGAUUGACAGCAUGCAUCAGUCCUGGCUCACUCAGGUGGUGAAGGCGGUGCACGGAUCAGGAGGUGAAGCUGAGUCUGUGUCAGUCUUCAGAAGGACCGAACCAGCAUACAUGACAGCAGCCAGUCUGUCUCCACCUCAGAUGCCGCUACAGAAGCUGCUGUUCUCUGCCACACUCACUCAGAACCCGGAGAAGCUGGAGAAGCUGGGCCUUCAUCAGCCCAGACUCUUCAGCUCCAUCCACAGGCCCUCCAACAACACAGCAGCGUCCCCUGCUGACAGCCGGGGCUGCUUCAACUUCCCCCAGGGUCUGACGGAGUAUUACGUGCCCUCCACACUGAGCAAUAAGCCUCUCCUCAUCCUCCACUUCAUCCUGCGUAUGAAGCUCAGUCCCAUCCUCUGUUUUACCAACUCCAGAGAGACCGCACACAGGCUUUACCUGCUGGUGCAGCUCUUUGGUGGAAUUCAGGCUGCCGAGUUCUCCUCUAGACUCUCCCCGGGUGAGAGAAAGAAGACGCUGAAGGAAUUUGAACAAGGAAAGAUCCAACUGUUGAUCAGCACAGAUGCAGCUGCCAGAGGCAUCGACGUUAGCGGGGUCAAAUGUGUCGUUAACUACGACGCACCGCAGUACAUCAGAACAUACAUUCACAGGGUGGGACGAACAGCGAGAGCAGGAAAAGCAGGCCUGGCCUUCACCUUUCUGCUGGGAGUGCAGGAGAAGAACUUCCUGCAGAUGGUGGUGGAAGCAGGAAGCCCUGGGAUUCAGAAACACAUGGUUAAACCGGAGAACUUGAAGAGUAUGGAAGACCGAUAUGAACAAACACUGCAAAAGCUGGCUGAUGUCAUCAAGGUACCGUCUGAACCACGGUCGUUAAAUUUGAAACUGCAUAAAGAGAAAUGCUGCUUUAAUGCUGCCUGUGUGUCUCCACAGGAUGAGAAGGCCAGCUGAUGAUGGUAAUGAUAAUGAAACAGUGACUGAGCAGUGA